CACACCGGUACCUCCUUAGCGUCCCGCCGCAGCGGGUCUGAGGGCCCCCUCUCUGAGAGGCACCUGCGCAAGAACCUCAGCCUCUCUCCGGGGAGCGGGCAGCGUCCCGAGGCCGGGCAGCCCCGGGGCAGCCACUGGACAGCCGCUCCCAAGAGGACGAGCGCCGCGACUCCCGGGUACCCGGCGUAGUUGGUCGCCUCCGGGUAGCCUUCGGCGUCCGGUGGCCAGCCGGGCAGAGUCCACGUGACUCACGGGGGCAACAGGCAGGAGCAUGGCUGCCACCAGACCGCUGUCCCGCUUCUGGGAGUGGGGGAAGAACAUCGUGUGCGUGGGCAGGAACUACGCAGACCACGUCAGGGAGAUGCAGAGCGCCGCACUGAGCGAGCCGGUGCUCUUUCUGAAGCCGUCCACCGCCUACGCCCCCGAGGGCUCGCCGGUCCUCGUGCCCGCCUACACCCGCAACCUGCACCACGAGCUCGAGCUGGCCGUGGUGAUGGGCAAGCGCUGCUGCGCCGUCCCGGAGGCCGCAGCCAUGGACUACGUGGCCGGCUAUGCCCUGUGCCUGGACAUGACCGCCAGGGACGUGCAGGACGAGUGCAAGAAAAGGGGGCUGCCCUGGACUCUGGCCAAGAGCUUCACGGCCUCCUGCCCGGUCAGCGCGUUCGUGCCCAAAGAGAAGAUCCCUGACCCUCACAACCUGAAGCUCUGGCUCAAGGUCAACGGUGAACUCAGGCAAGAGGGUGAGACAGCCUCCAUGAUUUUUUCCAUCCCCUACAUCAUCAGCUACGUUUCAAAGAUCAUGACCUUGGAAGAAGGAGAUGUUAUCUUGACCGGGACGCCAAAGGGAGUGGGGCCAGUUAAAGAAAACGAUGAGAUCCAGGCUGGCAUACACGGGGUCGUCAGUAUGAGAUUUAAGGUGGAAAAGCCAGAAUAUUGAGUGUAUCCAAAGCACCCUAACUUCUUAACACGUUUCAGGGGGAAGGGGAACAAGAUAAAAGCAAGAAAAGGUUAUUUAAUGUGAUAAUCCUUUCAUGAGAAACCAGUUUUUUAAAAUGAUUGGAUUGCUAUGCCUCAACUCAAGGAAGAUGGACCAUCAGAGAAAAACUUGAUCUAGAAGAGCUGGGCCAGAAAUGGAAAUGAGAAGCACUGCCUCCUAGGAAACAACAAGCUAAAUGUUCAGAAAACUUACUUUCCUUUCCUAAAACUGGACUGGAUAAGACUUCAGUGGGUCAUUCUGCAACCACGUGUUCAAGACUUAAAAUCUGCAAAGGAAAUGGAAAAGCACGUUUCAUCAGUGUUUCCCAAAGUUCCUUGAUCAUGAAAAUCAUCUGGAGGUAUUUGUAAAAAUUUCCAAAUUACUGGGCCAUCCCAGGCCUAAUAUAUUAAUUAAUGGAAUCAAUCUCUGGCACUCCAAGUGAUUCUUAUGCAAAUGUGGAAAAACACUACUCCACAUAGUUAAUUAAAAGUUUUAUUUAAUAAGUGAGCAAUUAAUGAAAACCUCACUUGUUUACUUAGGGUGUGUAUUCUGGCCCAUAGAUUCUGAGUUCGGGAGAUAAUUUUGAAACUGUUGUUUCCCAACUAAAUAUGCUGUCUUU